AUGGGGGUGUCGAGUCGGGGCUGAGGGGAGGAAGGGGAAGGGGAGGGCGCGGCGACCGUUUGUCGGGCCGUUGCCUUCCCGCUGCCCCAUGAGCCCGACGGCAGCGGCCCUCGCUGAGGGGGCGGCCCUGGCUGAGGGGGCCGCCGUGCCCUACGCGGUGGAGCUGGGUCUGACCGUGCUCCACACGGCUCUUUACGCCGCGCUCUUCCUCUUCGCCUACCUGCAGCUCUGGCUGCUCCUCUACUACCGGGAGCGGCGGCUGAGCUAUCACACGCUCUGCCUCUUCCUUUGCCUGCUCUGGGCAGCCCUCAGGACCACCCUCUUCUCCUUCUACCUGCAGAACUCUCUGCAGGCCCUCCGCCUCCAGCAGCCCUUUGCCCACUGGCUUCUCUACUGCCUGCCCGGCUGCCUGCUCUUCUCUAGCCUCUGCCUCCUCAACCUCUAUUUCGCUGAGGUCAUAUUCAAAGUCAAAUGUGCAGCUGAAUUCAACAAGUACAAGGUGGUGUUGUACCUGGGCUCCAUAUUUACCAGCCUCCUCUUCUUAGUUGUGAACUUAACUUGUGCAAUGUUAAUCCAUGGUGAGGUCCCAGAGAGCCAGCUGAAGUGGACAGUCCUUGCCCGUGCCCUGGUCAACGAUAGCCUCUUCAUCCUCUGUGCCAUCUCACUGGCUUGCUGCAUGUGCAAACUGGGAAAGAUGUCUUCAGCGAAUGUCUACCUCGAGUCUAAGGGAACAUCUGUCUGCCAGGCUAUUCUUGUGGGAUCUGUAGUGGCUCUUCUGUAUUCCUCAAGGGCUUGCUAUAACCUGGUAGCUGUGGCCAUAUCUCCAGACAGUGUUCCUGGUCCUUUUAACUAUGGCUGGGACAACCUUUCAGACAAGAUGCACAUGGAAGUGAGCAGUGAGGAGUAUGUGGUGUUUGGAGUGGUCCUCUUCCUCUGGGAGCUGGUGCCAACCACUUUUGUGGUGCUCUUCUUCCGGGCUCAGAGGCUGAGUCAGAACCUGACUCCAGCAGGGAUGGUCAACAGUCACAGUUACAGCUCCAGAGCUUACUUCUUUGACAAUCCAAGGCGCUAUGACAGUGAUGAUGACUUGUCACGGCUUGGGGCUAGAGAAGGAGGCUUGGCCACCCCUCAGUGCUCUGGCUGCUACGGGUCCCUGGCUGGGAAUGACAGCAUCGUGGUGGGUGCCCAUCUGGGCUCAACCGCUCCGGACAGCGCUCCCUUGCUCUUUGCCGCAGGCGGCUCAGAGAUGAAUAACCACCAUAGCUCAUACCCUCCCCCACAGAACUAAAGAGGCUGCCAGGUCCUUCUCCCAGAAGUGGCAUUCAUGUAUAGGACUGUGACCUGUUUGUUUUUCUUCCCACCUUCCCCAAAGCAUCUAACCUGUCAACACAAACAUUCCACUACCUGCUGUGGCCGUUAGCAGGACCCUGAGCCUACGGCUGCCGGCGGUGAGCAAGAGAACUGUGACUUUAAGGUACCAUGUAGCAAAGUGAAGCUGAACUUUCUCUGGAAGCUUUUUUUUUUUUCCUUUUUGGUGGUUUUAAGUUCUUCUUGGUCUGGUCUUCAAGAUGUUGGCAGCUAAAAUUGCACCAGAGCUUCCUCACUAGAAAAGAAAACAUCAAAAAAAUGCGUAUUUGCACUUUUUAUCUGCACACUUGGAAGGAACGGAUCUUGCUCAGGCCAUGCUUGGUCUGAGACUGUUCUAAUUAAUUACUCCUUUUUAAUUGCACAUCUGUGGCUAGGAGAGGCACUGUCCUCCCUGCAAAGACCUGUUCCUGAAGUCCUCUGCAUCCUGACUCAUUUGGGAGUGUGAAGCUGUGUGGGCCUCCUGCAGGGAACCUUGACAUGCGCUAUGCCAUGCUGACACCUGGCAGGGCUAAGCCUGGGCUUGUUCUGGCUGCUGGUCCUGGUUUCACCUCGUGGCCAAGCUCCCCUACCUAGGGCUGUGGGGUGGAAGCUGAGCUCAGAGCAUAUCCUAGCAGAAGCCUCAGCGUGAUAUCAAGUGCUCCUACUGGCAUUAAGGUAGUCACCAACCCCCACUGGCUUAUGGUGAAGGAGGAGGGCUGGCACGGAUGGAAGCUGAUGGCAGGUGAUGUGGGACAAGAAGCUGCUGCCUUCAGGGAGAGCUUCAAGCUGGAGUGGCCCAAAGCACAUGUAAUACCAGGGCUGCUGCAAGUGGUGGGGGGUGGCCAGUGGUCCUGCUCCCCCCUCCUCUUCACCCAUGGUGGGGCUCCCCUUUCCCCUCUCAGUAUUAAACUGCUUUGAGCAAAUAACCAAGAGUUUUAACCCUGAAGUGAAUGUGAACUGGUGGGGUCCCCUCUGAGAUGCAGGAGGUGGCUCUUGUGGUGGAAGUGGGAGCUGAGGGAAGGGCUCUGUGUUUUC